AUGGAUACAGACUACUGGCAGCUCUCAGGCGCCUUCGGCCUCUGGGUCCGCGCCUGCAUUCGAAUCCUCCAAUUCGUCUUCGCCAUCGUCACGAUAGGCCUCUACGCCGCGACUCUCGGCUCCUGGAACAACCUCCCGACAGAAGGUCUCAGUAGGACAAACUGGAUCUACGCCCUCGUCCCAGCCGUCCUCUCGGCACUGACGUGCGCCUACCACGUCUUCGCGACAGUCACGCACGCCGCCUGGUCCGUAUGGGACUUUGGGCUGGCUGUUCUCUGGGCCGCGCUGUGCGGUCUUUCGUCGAACAUCGUCGUGGGCGGCGAGGACAAGGUUUACGUUACGGGUGAUGUCAAGUCGAGACUUGCUGCUGGUGCUUGGAUUGCGGGAAUUAGUAUGCUGCUGUGGCUGUUGAGCUCUAUUCACGGCUGCGCAUUCUGUUGUGCGUCGAGGAAGACGAAGAGGACGGUGAGGAAGCAGGAGUCGGAAGAGGCUAAGCUUGAAUUGGAUGGUCUUCCGAAUAGUCGAGAAGAGAACGUCUAG